UGAGUGACCAAUAGGUAAACAAACAUUCACAGUGAGGAAUGAAGUCCCUUACGGUCGUCCCUACAGUAUCAUAGAGAUUAUAGUGGAGUCUUCUCUCUCUUUGCUUCCAUUUUCAUGGCUAUUUCUGUCCUCAUCCCACAUAUCUCCAUUGAAAUAGCCUCUGAAACAACUAACUUAAACCACCACCCAUGGAUCGUCUCAAUGGCCCUCCCCGCCUCAUGAUAGUUUCAGAUCUUGAUUUCACAAUGGUCGAUCAUGAAGACCCCGAGAACCUUUCCCUUCUUCGAUUCAACGCUCUUUGGGAAGCCUAUUAUCGCCACGAUUCUUUGCUGGUGUAUUCCACUGGAAGGUCUCCGAGGAUUUAUAAACAGCUGAGGAAUGAGAAGCCCCUUUUGACCCCAGAUAUAACCAUAAUGUCCGUUGGAACCGAGAUUGCUUAUGGAGAACCAAUGGUGCCUGAUUAUGAUUGGGAGCAACGCUUGAAUCUCAAUUGGGACCGAGAUAUUAUUACUCAGGAAACUGCUAAGUUUCCUCAGCUUAUUCCUCAGUCAGACACCGAGCAACGACCUCACAAGGUUAGCUUUUUCUUGGAGAAGCCUAAUUCAUUAGAAGUAAUCAAGGCACUUUCAGAAAGUCUAGAAAAACACAAGCUAGAUGUUAAAAUAAUUUAUAGCCAUGGGACAGCAUUGGAUGUAUUACCAAAAAGUGCUGAUAAAGGCCAAGCGCUUGCAUAUUUGCAGAGAAGGUUUAAAGCUAAUGGAAGAGUUCCACUUAGUUCACUUGUCUGUGGUGACUCUGGAAAUGAUGCUGAGCUUUUCACCGUUCCUGACGUAUUUGGUGUGAUGGUUGGCAAUGCACAAGAAGAGUUAUUACAGUGGUGUGCUGAAAAUGCGAGAAACAAUCCCAACAUAAUCCAUUCGACUGAGAGAUGUGCAUCUGGAAUAAUACAAGCCAUUGGGAAAUUCUCUUUUGGUCCAAAUGUGUCUCCCAGAGAUAUCAAAGAUUGGGGAAAAUGCAGAGUAAAUGUUUUGAGUCCUGGUUAUGAAGUUGUGAAGUUCUAUUUGCUUUACGAGCGAUGGCGACGUGCUGAAGUUGAGAAGUCUGAUCAGAUUUUGCAGAAUCUUAAAUCAAGCUUUUAUCCAUUAGGUACUUUUGUCCAUCCCUCUGGAACUGAGCAACCAAUGAGCAAGUGCGAAGAUAUGAUGAAAAGAUUAUAUGGGGAUAAACAAGGAAAACAAUAUUGUAUUUGGCUGGAUCGCGUUUCAACAUCACAGAUUGGUUCAGAUGCAUGGCUUGUGAAGUUUGAUAAAUGGGAGUCAACUGGUGAGGAAAGACAUUGCUGUCUUACAACAGUCUUACUGAAUACAAAGCAAGCUGAAGAAGGCUUCACAUGGAUGCACAUACAUCAGACAUGGUUGGAUGGUAUGGAAACAAAGCAUCGAACUGUUUGGUUUCUCUAAGCCCCCUACCUGACUAUGUAGGGGAGAGCAUAAGUCGGUUAAAACUGAAUCAAUUCGUUUAAAUCGGUUUCAGUUUAAAUGGUUUUGGCAGUUAAAUUGAGUUAGGGUUGGUUAAUUUUAUUAUGCCAGUCGGUUAUUGGUUAUUGAAUUUCGUAAUUGAUUGACUUAACUGUCCUAAUAUUUAAUAUUUUUAAUUAUAAUAUAUUAUAAAAUAUACUUCAUAAUAUAUUUUAAAUAAAAAAUUGAAAGAGUUCGUUGGUUUGAAAA